AUGCACUUCAUCGCAAAAGCAAUGGGCUUUGCAUGCCUGGCACUCUCAAUCGCCAAGUCUUCGCCUCUGCAAAAGAGAGACUUUGGGCCUGUGACCAUCUACACGCCUCCGAGCAACUACACGAGCGACCGCUCGCUGUAUGCUCGCACUCUCAUGCUGACUGUCAACGAUAAUUCUGGCACACUCUUGACUACCUGGGAGAACUAUUCAGGCGGCAAGACCUGGUUCCCAAUUUAUCGCUCAACGGAUCAUGGCUACACUUGGUCGCCCUACUCGACCGUCACGGAUCAGGUCAACGGCUGGGGACUUCGCUACCAGCCUUUCCUGUACGAGCUCAAGCAAAGCUUUGCCGGCUAUCCCGCGGGCUCCAUCCUCCUCGCUGGGAACUCGAUCCCCGAGGAUCUCUCCAAGACUCAGCUCGACCUUUACAUCAGCACAGACAAGGGAAAAACGUGGAAGUUCCUCUCUCACAUUACCGCCGGUGGCAAGGCUGUCCCUAACAAUGGCGAAACACCCGUGUGGGAGCCCUUCUUGCUCGUCAACAAUGGACAGCUGAUCUGCUACUACUCGGACCAGCGAGACCCCAGCUACGGCCAGAAGCUCGUCCACCAGACAACGACUGAUCUCAAAAAUUGGGGCUCUGUCGUCAACGACGUCACCGAAUCUGCCUACUCGGCACGUCCAGGUAUGCCUGUGGUGGCUCAGAUGGGCAAUGGCAACUACAUCAUGACUUUCGAGUACGGAGGUGCGCCCGAAGGAGACUUUUCGGUGUACUACAAGGUUUCAAACGAUCCUUUCAGCUGGGCCGACAAGCCUCAGCAGGUGCUCAAGGCGAGCGAUGGGACCAUUCCACGAUCGAGUCCGUACGUCAUGUGGACGCAGAUCGGCUCCAGCUCGGGUGCCACGGCCAACGGCACCGUCGUUGUGAGUGCUUACUCGGACACCGGUCUCUACCUCAACCGAGCCAAUGGUGCUGCGAAUGCGUGGACCCGUCUUUCCGUCCCCAACGCUCCGGCCGCAUACUCUCGCCAGGUCACCAAGGGUUUCAACCCCAAAGACAUUGUCAUUGCUGGCGGUGGUAGUCUUGGCCAAGGUUCGACGAACCACGUCUUCUUCAGCGCGCGCGACGUCAAUGGAUGCAGCACGUGCUAG